AUCACCUCUUCCCCAAGAAAUAUAUAAAGGGCGGUCAGUUUUAGUACAGGUCCAAAAAACCAUUGAAGCACAAGAAAAGCGCUCUAUUUGCUCCAUAAACUCACUGCCCUCUUUCUCUCCGUCGCCCCAGAUCUGUAGGCUUUCAUUAAUUCUCUAUUGAGAAGUUUCCUGAAGUCAGAUUGUUGUUCUUCUGUCACCGAAUAUGAUUGAGCGAACUACCAAUUGAGUAGCGAUGUUGGGUAUUAGUUCUCCUCCUAAACUAUUCUGGAUUUGUGAACAGUCAAACUCACUGCAGUCUUGUGCGCAAUAUGAUAAGCUACAGUAACAAACAAGGUGAUGGUGAAAGCUUAUGCCCAGGAGUACACAUACAAGCACCCAUGGGAACGGGUGACAUCUGCAUCUUGGAAAAAAUUUGCUGACCCUGAAAAUAAACGCACAUUGUCUCAUAUCCUUGAAGUUGACACUCUCAACCACAAGCUGGAUACUAGUUCUGGAAAGCUUUACACCACGCGUGCUAUCACUGUCAAUGCCCCAGGACCAUGGUUUAUUCGCAGAAUUAUUCGACAGGAUGUCUGUCAUUGUGUUGAAUCAACAGUUGUGGAUGCAAAAGCACGAUCAAUGCAACUCAGCACCCACAAUAUCAGUCUGGAAAAGUUCAUUGAAGUGGAGGAGAAGAUCAGAUAUGAUCCUCACCCAGACAAUCCUAAAGGGUGGACAAUCUGCCGACAAGAGACUAGUAUUCGGAUCAAGCCGUUAUCAGCAUUGGCAUCAAUGGCAGAAAAGGUUGAGCAGAAGUGUGCUGAGAAGUUUGUGCAGAACAGUGCCAAGGGUAGGGAGGUUAUGGAGAGAAUAUGCAAGUAUCUUGAAGCAGAAUCGAGGGGGAUAUCUGCCUGAUCAGACUGGACUUUUGUAGUACUAGAUUGUAGGAGUUGUGAGUUGUUUCAAAGUAGAAACAAUAAAUGAAGUUCAUUAUGUAGUAGAACCGUGGACGAUUAUUAACCUUGAAUCACUUGGUUGAAGUUUUGAUAUAACAAAAUGUAGCUUUCCACUGCCUUUAUUUUUUA